AUCACUCCGUUUUUCGGGCUAUGAUUCAUAAUUUGCUUCUUAUUUGUUUGCCAUUGGCUGCGGCGCAAAUACCGGUAUAUCUCCGUGCUCCAGCACUUUCAGCAGUUGCUCCAAUUGCCCAGCUCCAGUGUUCUCAGCAAUGUAUGCCAUCUUGCCUGCCAUCAUGCCUUGUUGCUCAUUAUCCAUCAGCUAGUGGAUAUCAACCAUAUGGGUCUGCUGUAGAAGAGUAUCCUUAUCAAAUUCGGUCUUCUGUAGCAGUUGCUCCAGUUGCUCCGCAACCUGUGGUAGCUCCGGCCCCGGUGGCAGUCAGUGGAUAUCAACCAUACGGAAUUGCUUACUACCCAGUCGUUCCAUCAUGCACUGCUCAAUGUAUGCCAACAUGUGCUCCAACCUGCGUUGACACCCCUGCUUCUUCUCCAGUUCCACAGAGAGAUGACCUGCCAACUCCACCACCAGAAACUGUGCCAACGCCUGUACCAGAAGUUCCAACUACUACUACUCCGACUGAUGUUGUACCCUGCAAAUGCUUGAUCAAAAUAACAAUAACUCAAGGAGAUAAGGUGAUAUCAAAAUGUGGACCGAAUUCAUGCAUGUGCCCACCAAGUUACAGUCAAUGUGGAUCCAAUUGUUGUAAAGCAUAAAUCAAUUGUUGUUAACUAAACGUAUUUUAGUUGUUAAUAAUAAAUAAUAUUUGAUCCAUGGAU